AUGAACAUGCAUUGUAGUUUCCUAAAUACAUCUUCAUACCUGUACAAUGCAUCAACAACUGUCAAGAGAAGACGUGCUGAGAUGGGAGUAGGCCUCAUGAUGCAUUCCUCAUUCACAGUCUUCAAUUACAAGAAAUCCAAUCCGGUUUGUAAAACCUUCAGUAGCAAGCCCUGUUUUUUGAGACAGCAUUUUCCUUCACCAAAAAUUCGAUGCAAGAAGAGGAAUUUCCUCUUCUUUGCUAUUUCUUCAAGGAAAAAUGCAAGUUUAGGAUCAUUUUACAUGGUAUUUGUUAUUCGGGUCUCCUCUGAUGGCUCCAAAGAGAGGGACUUGAAGCAGACAGACUUUGACUUUGGCAUAGAGAGAGUCUUCUUUAAGGGCAGAGACAGAAACUCCAUGGCAAAAUCAAGCUUGGAUAAGUCACUCUACAUUGUUCUUGUUUUCCCCUUGUUUGUUUUGUUACAUGACUCCCUCUGUGUUGCUUCUUCCAAGUCUAACGAACAAGCUGAAGCUCUUCUCAAAUGGAAAGCCAGUCUUCCACUCAAAAACCAGUCUAGCCUAACUUCAUGGAUUGUUCCUCCUAAUAAUGCCACUAUUUUGGAACCAUGCACUUGGGAUGGAAUUUAUUGUAAAGAUGGAAGUGUUUCCAGAAUCAGCCUUGCAAAUUCAGGUAUUGUUGGCACACUCCAUGAAUUUCCGUUCUCAUCCCUACGUAACCUUGCAUAUCUCUAUCUUAGCUCCAAUAAACUCUAUGGUUCCAUACCAUCUCAAGUUAGUCAGCUUACCAAGCUCAUUUAUCUUGACUUGUCAUAUAAUCAGUUGUCUGGAAAUAUUCCACCUGAAAUUGGCCUAUUAACUCAUCUUGAGGGCCUGGAACUCGGAUACAAUGGCCUGAACGGUUCAAUCACUCAAGAAGUAGGCAAGUUAAAGUCUCUCAAAGAGCUUUCUUUGUUCAGCAACAAUCUAGAGGGACCGAUUCCAACUUUUUUGGAAAACUGUAGUAACAUGACCUAUUUGGAUCUCCAUAACAAUUUGCUAACUGGUUCUAUCCCUCCUACUUUUGGAAAAUUGAAAAGACUAACAAUGAUUUCACUAUCCAAAAACCAAAUUUCCGGCCCAAUUCCAAAAUCAUUGGGUGGUCUCACAAAACUCACCCAUCUUUUGCUUCACAGUAAUCAUCUAUCUGGAUCCAUUCCCAAGGAAUUAGGAAAUUUAUUUUCGCUUGUUUAUCUAGAGUUGGACAAAAAUAAACUCAACGGUUCAGUUCCGGGUUCCAUUGGAAAAUUGAAAAGCUUAGGGGAGAUGCGCCUGAAUGACAACAGACUUUCUGGAUUGAUUCCUCCAGAAUUUGGAUCAAUCACCGACCUUUGGCAUCUGGACCUGUCCUCAAAUAAAUUUGGUUACCCAAUCCCACAGGAGCUAGGAAACUUGAUUAAUCUCAUCUACUUGAGUUUGAGCAAUAACUUGCUCAUUGGUGAUAUACCAUCAAGCAUUAGUGGAUUGAAAAAUGUGGAGAAUCUGAAUCUCUCCCAUAAUAAGCUUUCCGGUGGCAUUCCAGAAAGCUUCAGCGGUAUGCCGAAAUUGUCGUCCAUUGACGUCUCUUACAACAAGUUGCAAGGUCCUAUACCAUACAGUAAAGCAAUUGAAGAUGCAGGCUUCAAAGCAUUGCGAGGGAACGAAAAAUUGUGCGGCGACAUUGAAGGACUGCAAUCUUGUAGAAUUGAUGAUAGUAUUGAUGUGGAACACAGCUACACUUUUACUUUUAACAAAUUUAUAGUCAUUCUACUACCACUUUUAGGAGUACUUUUACUUGUAUUUGCAGUCACUGGAAUUUUCAUCAUCAGAAGAAAGAGAAAGAAAGAUCCUCAAGCAUAA